AUGGCUCCACGCACGAAAAAAACCCGAACCACCAAGCCCGCCCCCCCAAUUGAGCAUAGCGAUGCCGAAUCCUCAGAUUCCGACGACGCCGGCGUAGCCCUCGAGGACGAAUUCGACCUCGACGCCGCCUCCGACUCGGCCGACGAAUUCGAAGCUGGCGGCUCUGACGACGACGAAAAGACUGGCGGCGAGUCCUCCGAGGAGGACGAGCUCACCGGCGACGAGGCGGAAGAAGAGGAUGAGGACCAGGACGAAGACGACAUUGACGACAUCCUCGCGGCCCAGAACACGGCCGCCGGCAAGAAGCGCAAGCGCAAUGAUCCCGCGGUGUUUGCGGACGCAAUGUCCAAGAUCCUGUCGUCGCACUUGACGACGACGGCGCGGAAGGACCCCGUGCUGGUGCGCGCAAAGAAGUUUCAAGAGAACAUUGACGAGUCGAAGCUGGAGGCCAAGGCGCGCAGGGUGCUGCGCGAGGAGAAGAGGAAGGAGCUGGAGAAGGGGAGGAUCAAGGAGGUGGUGCCGAAGGAUGAUGAUGAGGCGGCGAGGAAGGCGCUGGAGCAUGAGAGGAAGCUGAGGAAGACGGCGCAGAGAGGUGUGGUUAAGCUUUUUAAUGCGGUGCGAGCGGCGCAGAUUAAGGCUGAAGAAGCGCAGAAGCAGGUGAAGCAGAAGGGAGUGGUGGGAAUGACAAACAGGGAGGAGAAAGUCACGGAGAUGUCAAAACAGGGCUUCCUAAGCUUGAUCCAGGCCGGUGGAAAGACAAAAUAG